UCCGGCCGGUGGUGCUGCUCCGGCUUCCCACAGACGUGUAACGGAAGGUGGGCUGCGGCCAUGGCCGAGAGGAAAGCGAACGGCGGCGGUGGCGGCUCCUCCGCCUCCGGCACGAACUUACUGUUCUCCUCGUCGGCCACGGAGUUCAGCUUCAACGUGCCCUUCAUCCCCGUCACCCAGGCCGCCGCCUCCCCGGCCGGCCUGCUCUUGCCCGGAGAGGACUCCACAGAUGUAGGUGAGGAGGAUAGCUUCCUUGGUCAGACUUCUGGUCACACAUCUGCCCCACAGACAUUUAGUUACUUCUCUCAGGUAUCAAGCAGUAGUGAUCCUUUUAGGAACAUUGGUCAGUCACCCUUGACGACUGCAACAACGUCGGUGGGACAGUCUGCGUUCUCCAAGCCCCCGACCUCUCUCCCUUUUACGACUGGACCCCAGGAUGCAUUGACUGCGUUUCCGCCGGCUGUGGCGAAGGCUCCGUAUGGUGCUGCACCUUCUUCGCAGAUGGGAGUGACCUCGUAUUUGCCUUCUCAGCCAAGUAGUCUCCCCGCUUCAAAUUUUGGGAGCCCACCCCAAGGAACUCCCCAACAAGGAUAUAACCCAUAUCGCCAUACUCCCGUCAGCAGCAGGGCGAAUCCCUAUAUCACACCCCCACAGCUGCAGCAGUGCCCUACACCAGGCCAUCUCUCCUGUCCUCCACCCUCGGGACCUCCUAUGCACAACUACCAGACGCCUCCAGGGUCUUUGCCACCGCCUCCUACGUCAGUCCAGCCGCCACCACAGCAGCAUGUUCCUGCCAGGCCUUCAGGCCCCUCUGUGCAGUGCCCCCCUCCUGUGAUACUUCAGAACCAGUAUGAACCUGUUCAGCCCCACUGGUUUUACUGCAAGGAGGUGGAAGACAAGCAGCUCUGGAUGCCUUUUAGUGUGCUGGACUCUUUGAAUCUUGAAGAAAUCUAUCAUUCAGUCCAGCCAGACCCUGAGAGUGUGGUUCUAGGCACCGAUGGAGGGCGCUAUGACGUUUACCUCUAUGAUCGGGUGAGGAAAGCAGUGUACUGGGAAGAGGAGCCGACUGAAGUGAGACGCUGUACCUGGUUUUAUAAGGGGGACACAGACAGCAGAUUUAUUCCCUAUACAGAGGAGUUCAGUGAAAAACUUGAGGCUGAAUAUAAAAAAGCUAUCACCAUGAAUCAGUGGCACCGCAGGCUAGAGUUUCCAAGUGGAGAGACCAUUGUUAUACACAACCCAAAGGUUAUUGUUCAGUUUCAUCCUUCCUCAAUGCCUGACGAGUGGGGGACCACACAGGAUGGACAGACCAGACCCAGAGUUGUAAAGCGUGGCAUUGACGACAACCUUGAUGAAAUUCCUGAUGGGGAAAUGCCUCAAGUUGACCAUUUGGUGUUUAUGGUGCACGGUAUUGGGCCUGUGUGUGAUUUGCGCUUUAGAAGCAUUAUUGAAUGUGUGGACGAUUUUAGGGUGGUUUCUCUCAAAUUGCUACAGACACAUUUCAAGAAGUCUAUAGAUGAUGGGAAAGUCAGCAGAGUGGAGUUCCUUCCGGUUCACUGGCAUAGUGUCUUGGGUGGGGAUGCCACAGGUAUUGACAGGAAUGUUAAGAAAAUCACUUUACAAAGUAUUGGUCGUUUUCGUCACUUUACCAAUGAAACCUUGCUAGAUAUUUUAUUUUAUAACAGCCCCACCUACUGCCAGACAAUUGUAGAGAAAGUAGGAGUGGAAAUAAACCGGCUGUACUCACUCUUUAUGAAUCGGAACCCAAACUUCAAAGGAAGAGUCUCUGUUGCUGGUCACAGUUUAGGUUCUUUAAUAUUGUUUGACAUCCUGUCCAAUCAAAAAGAUUUGAAUAUUUCUAAGUCUCUGGGGUCUCUGUCUGUUGCUAAUGGAAUUAUGAAGCAGCAGAAUUUUCAGGAAAAGCAGACACCUGAAGAAUCAAAGCUGACUUUGGAUGAAUCAUAUGACCUUGAUGUUGAGAAUGAAGAAGUCCUAACCUUGCAAGAAACUCUGGAAGCACUUAGCCUCUCUGAAUAUGUUAACACUUUUGAAAAAGAAAAGAUUGAUAUGGAAUCUCUGCUUAUGUGUACCAUUGAUGACCUGAAGGAGAUGGGAAUACCUCUGGGACCCAGGAAGAAGAUAGCCAACUUUGUAAAGCUCAGAGCAGCCAAACUGGAGCAGAGGAAAGCAGCAUCUGAGAAGAAGGCAGUGAUGGCUGCUUUGACGAAAGGACAGAACGAGAGUGCUCAGAAAGCCAAAGAAAUGGUUUCUCUGCCCUCAGAAUCAAAUGAGGCAAAGAGGAAGCUUCCAGUUGGUGCCUGUGUGUCUUCUGUGCAUGUUGAUUACGAGUCCUUUGAAGUUGGCACAGGACAGGUUUCUGUUGCUUACAACUCACUAGACUUUGAACCAGAAAUUUUCUUUGCCUUGGGAUCUCCAAUCGGCAUGUUUCUCACUAUUCGAGGAGUUCAGAGGAUUGAUGAGAACUACCAGCUUCCCACUUGUAGAGGAUUCUUCAAUAUUUAUCAUCCGCUUGAUCCAGUGGCAUAUAGAUUAGAACCUAUGAUUGUUCCAGAUUUAGACUUGAAAGCAGUUCUCAUUCCACAUCACAAAGGCAGAAAAAGACUUCAUUUAGAGUUGAAAGACAGUCUCUCUCGUAUGGGAUCCGAUUUGAAACAGGGUUUUAUUAGCUCUCUGAAGAGUGCUUGGCAGACGCUUAAUGAGUUUGCCCGUGCUCAUACCUCUUCACCGCAGUUGCAAGAAGAACUAGAGAAGGUGGCCAAUCAGAUCAAAGAGGAAGAAGAGAAGCAAGUAGUCGAAGCAGAAAAGAUUGUUGAAAGCCCAGAUUCUUCCAAGGACGAGGAUUACUUAGGAAAAGUUGGAAUGCUAAACGGAGGCCGCCGGAUUGAUUAUGUCCUUCAAGAAAAGCCUAUAGAGAGUUUUAAUGAAUAUCUUUUUGCUCUUCAGAGCCACUUAUGCUACUGGGAAUCUGAAGAUACUGCCCUGUUGUUACUUAAAGAAAUUUAUCGAACAAUGAACAUCAGUCCAGAGCAGCCCCAGCAUUGAUCAGACUUCCAUUUUACUGUGUGAGUUUAUCCUUGCUACUCUAAUCUUCACAGGAAAUUUCAGCAUAAAUUAGAUGCUGAGAGGAUCCUCUGUGGCUGUUCCCUGUUUGCUCCCGUGAUGGAUGACAGAAAAAAGAUUGAUCGACAGUUGCUGACAUACAGCUCUCAGACGUAGAGAUUCACUGAAUGGGAAGUGCAGUGCCUGAGAUACUGAAAACAAAUCAGUACUAUGAUUGGACAGCAAAGAUGAGCAAAUGCAAUUAUAAGAACGAUGAAGUGAAAAUUCCUCUGCUCUAUUUAGUUGUAUAGUUGUCAAAGUGAAGUUUGAUCCUAGUGAAGAAAUAUCUGUAGCAUGCAAAAGGAUGUUGCUCUUUCUUAAAACUUCUCAGUGGAAUUUUGAAUUUACAUUUUUCUUUUUAUUAAUGCAGUAUACUGUUUUUAUUCAAGAAUGGACUUCUUGAGAAACUAUAACAUGAUUUUUUAAGAAGCUCACAUAGUACUUUAAAUGUGAAUUAUUAUUCUGAGCAGCAUUGAUGAGGUUGGUUUCUGGUUGUGAGAGAAGGUAGCCAAGGUCCAUUGUAUCCCAGACAUGAUCUGAGGCUUUCUUAAAGCCUUUGAGGCCCCACCAAGCACCCUAUUGUGGAAGAAGUCACGACUUUUUACUUUCCAGAAAGCCUGUGAUGACCUCUGCUGGCAUGUCCACCUGUGCUAGGAGAGGGAGCAAGUGACAGACUUUUGUUUUGUCACCUGGUGUCAUUGUGCCAUCACCUCCUGGCUAAAGUGGCAAUUCAUGUGAGAACCAAAGUAGAAGUGUUUUUAUUCUUUUGACUUUGGUUAAUUUCUCCUAUACCGAAGUGUUUGGAAAAAUGAAAUGCCCUGUUUCUAGGCUGUGAAGCUCCUUGGGGAACAGACUGCUCUACAAUAUUUCACUUUGCUUUGCUAUAAAUCCAUAUGAUCUACAUAGUUGCCUAAUACUACAGUAGGAAUGCUGAUUUUCUUUUGUUAGUAGAAACAUGUUAUGUUGUUACAUAGUUCUCAUGGAACAUGAAAAAUUUUUGAAACAACAUAUGAUACACAUUUUUUGUGUAUAUAUUCUAGUUGGUGUGAAUAAAAUAGUAACAUCAAUGCA